CGAGCAAUUCUUGGAGGCUCGGCUCCUAAAACGUCUACGUACCUUUGAUUCCCUGGCUGUAAUAACACACAUCUCUGUUGGCUCUCCAGACUUGGAUAAUCAGUAGAUAAAGUAUUAGCGAAUAGGAGUACUACACGAAAAGACAGAUAAGUUAAGCCACAAUGGAUGUGACAGACAACGAAGACUACUCAGAUGGUGACAGUGCUGGUGGUGAUGUAAGGAACUUGAGCAUGUCUGAGAGUCAUGGCUCAGACUUUUCUGAUGCUGACAAUACCGACUCUCGUGAUGUCAGUGAUUCCCAAUCCACCCCUCUUGGUAGUGACCCUCUGGCCCAGCUCCUAGCUACUCCUGAGCAUGCAGACCGAGACAGCACCACCCCCAGCAGAGACCCUACCACACCUCUCCAUGAAGAAAUACCUGGAGUUGGUGAUUUCUUUGCAGGCCGGGAGUAUGCACCAGGCAAGGACCCAGAGGUUGACAUAGGUGAUAGUGGGGACAUCCUCCUCCCCAAGCCAGUGACCCCACAACCAGGUCUCAACAAGAAUGAACGCAGGAAAGAGGGCAAAUCUAAGCGUGAACAAGAAGAGGAGGAACGGGAGAGGAUGCAAGUCCUAGUGUCUAACUUCACAGAGGAGCAGCUAGAUCGCUAUGAAAUGUUCCGCCGAUCAGCAUUCCCCAAAGCUGCUAUCAAGAGGGUAAUGCAAACCAUCACUGGUUGCUCAGUGUCCCAGAAUGUGGUCAUUGCCAUGUCAGGCAUUGCCAAGGUGUUUGUUGGAGAAGUCCUGGAGGAGGCUCUGGAUGUGAUGGAGACAGAGGGAGAGUCUGGUCCAGUGCAGCCCAAGCACCUCCGGGAAGCCAUCAGAAGAGUGCGAAGACGUCCUGGGCAACACAUCCCCACCAUGAAGCAGCAGCGGCCUUUAUUCAGGAUAUGAUCAGUGCACAUGUAGAUUUAAUGUUGCCAACCAUUCAUGUAAGAUGCCUGAAUGGGGAAAAUCAAGCUGGCUGAAGCAUGUCACCAAGACUUUAGCAGUAGCAAACCUUGCAAGUUUUCACCAUAUCCUCAUCAUCAUCAUUUAUCACCCUCCACAUUUCCGCUGCAGGAUAGAUGCAUCUCUACCCUUUUCAUCUCUCAACUGCCUGUCAUUUCAAAACCAUCUCAGCAAAGGAUUCAAUCACCCUAUCUGAUUCUCUGUUUUUCCUGGUUUCUUUUAUAUUACCAGGUGUCUUUUUUAUUUAUUUUUAUUAUUUAUUUAUUUUAUUUAUUUAUUUAUUUAUUUAUUUAUUUAUUUAUUUAUUUAUUUAUUUUUACUGUCUGUCUCUUAUCCAUUGUCUGUUUAUCAGUUACAGCAGUGUGAUGGUGGCAUUACAGAUGCGGGUGAUGACUUAACUCUUGUUUCAAAGCUGCAGUGUUGUGUGUCCCAUACAUGUGUUAACUCUCAGGUUGGCUGAAUGGAUUUUCAAUCCCCCUCCCUCCUGAGAUAAUUGUUUGCUAACACACCACUUAAGAACUAACCCCCACAUGUAGUUAUACUUAUCUUCAUCACCACCAGGGCCCUGCCUCAUAUGGCCAGAUGCAGGUAUCUAUUACAAAAAAUAAAAUAAAAUAAAUAAAAUGCAAGAGACAGCACACAUAAACAUACAGGUUGCAAAUGCUUUGAACUCAUUGUUUGGAUGGAAUGUGAAUGGGCACCAUAGAAAAGUUCUGAUGUCAUACAACGUGGUGGUAAAAUGAGCCAGGUUGCAGGCAUGCCAGUUAAAUCUUUGUAAUUUUUGCACCAAAAUCUAAUUGUGAAUGAUUUUGGGGUUGUCACAAACAUGGUUUCAGAAAUCAAGGUGUAAUGAAACUUGAUGGAUCUCUCUGCAAAAUUACUAAUGGAAUCAGUGGGAUAAUCAUCUUUCUCAUAUGCUACUGAGUACUUUAUUUGUAAUCUUGCCAGUCACUCUGAAUUGGGAAUACAAUCAGUGACAUGAGCGUCACAUUGCACAAACUGGCAACUUGCCCCUUCUUGGUCUGAAAAAAUCUGCCAGGAGAAAAUAAUUACAUGGCAAUUUAGGCUAGUCCUUUGUAUGUUUUUGAAAGCAUAGAGUAAAGAAUUCAGUGUUUGACAUAUUGGCAUAAGGAAAAGUUAUCUUUUGUGACCGCUCCUUGCUUCGGCUAACAAGAUGGCUUCAUUUGUUUUAAAAUAUUCUACUGAGGUGAUGUGCAAUGCCUGGAAAAUAUACUGGCCAUGAUGACAUAGUACGAGUGUUGGAGUUUCAGUAGAGUGGUGAAACAAAUUGAAAAAUAUGCUGCAUAACUAUUAGCAAUGAAAAGACUGAGUGCAUUGAUGAAGAAAUGGGGUGGUAAGGGACACAGGGAUGUAUCUCACCACAAACAUGGUAGUGGGACAUUUCCCCCUGCCUUUUUUUUUUUUUUUUUUUUUUUUUUUUUUUUUUUUUUUUUUUUUUUUUUUUUUUGCUGAAGGUACACCUUUAACUUUCUCUUGAUACCAUGUAAGGUGCUGUCAAGCAUUUUGUUUCUGAUUAUAUACUGCCACUGUAUUCCCUGCACAUUAUAAAAGGUGUUUCAAAGUGAUUGAACAAGGUAACUGAAAACUUCCUUGUUGGUAUUUUUACAAUAAUAUAAAUGCAUACAAUAAAUGUUUACAUUAUAAUAUUCCAUUAUUUGUAAGCUAUUUGUAUCAAACAAUUUAUACAAUAAAGAAAUUGAUAAGU